AGCUAGGCGGUUCGCUCUACCAUCAAUACCACCAGUCACUCUCAUAUCAACACCGUCUUUACAUCGAAAGACACCGAUAAUGGAAUCUUUUGCCGAAUUGCUCUAUUAAGCCUAUUAAGGGGAACAAAGUUGUGAAUAAAAGGGGCCCGUAUUCCCCCCUUUCAUCAUCACUUUUUACAGCGCAACAGCUACUGGUGGCGUUAAUUUGACAAUUCUCCUGGAUAUCCCUCUGAACAGUGGAUGGAGUUGUCUGGAAUUUGAAGAGAAUAUUGCUCUUUUGAUCAGCACCACGCCGACGAUUUGAUAACAUGUUCAGGAAUAAAGUUAUGCUGAAGGUGUGGAUCAGUACGCAAGAUGAAAUUGCAAGGGCAGAAUAGACUGGUGUUCACUCACUCACCUGUCAACCUGGGAAGCCUGAGGGACUGACGUUUGGCACCUUUGGGAGAGGACAGCGGCUUUCAAGAGCUUCGCUUGGCCGCGAAGAGGAGGAGAGCCGACAGGAUUAUCUCUCACCUCUGUGUUGUCCAAAGCCGCCUCCAGGGGGGGGGAUCCACACGGUCCGGUAGGGAGUCCACGUCGGGUAGCCAAGCAGUGCUGUGCUGCCCACUUUCACUCCAACCAAACAUGCAGAACAGGGCUCGCACUUAAGAGGGAGGCCAAAUCCAUGAGAAAUUGUUUUUUUUCCCCCCCAACCCAAAAGUACAGCUUUGAGCAAUGAAAUAAAUCCAAGAGGAUCCUUUCUACCUCGCUGAGCUAUCAGGUUGAUAUUCGGUUGUGCUCUUCAGUCUGAAUCGAGAAGGAAAACGAGAACAAAAGGGGGGAAAGAAAUCGUUCGGAAGGUACACGCGGGUUUGGGCGACUGCCAUGUCUCCGGUUUCUGCCAACAGACGGACCUGGCUGGGCCAUCACCGCGGCCUGGCUCCAGUCCCUGUCCUCCUCCUCCUUCUGUGCCAUGUCUUGGCAUUGCGCGCCGCCCGUCCCAAGGGCCCUGGCCACACGUAUCUCAACUCUAUCCGCAUCGACGGCGACAUCUCGCUGGGCGGCCUCUUCCCAGUGCACGCGCGCGGCCACGACGGCAAGGCGUGCGGCGAGCUCAAGAAGGAGAAGGGCAUCCACCGGCUAGAGGCCAUGCUCUUCGCGCUCGACCGCAUCAACAAUGACCACUCGCUGCUGCCCAACAUCACGCUGGGCGCGCGCAUCCUGGACACGUGCUCGCGCGACACGCACGCCCUCGAGCAGUCGCUCACCUUUGUGCAGGCGCUCAUCGAGAAGGAUGGCUCCGACGUCAAGUGCCUGGGUGGCGGCGCGCCCAUCAUCUCCAAGCCCGAGCGCGUGGUGGGGGUCAUCGGGGCGUCGGCCAGCUCCGUGUCCAUUAUGGUGGCCAACAUCCUCCGCCUGUUCAAGAUCCCCCAGGUGAGCUACGCGUCCACCGCGCCCGAGCUAAGCGACAACACCCGCUACGACUUCUUCUCCCGAGUCGUGCCCCCGGACACCUACCAGGCCCAGGCCAUGGUGGACAUUGUGAGGGCCAUGAACUGGAACUACGUCUCCACGGUGGCCUCAGAAGGAAGCUACGGAGAGAGCGGAGUGGACGCCUUCAUUCAGAAGUCCCGUGAGGAUGGUAGCGUGUGCAUCUCGCAGUCUGUCAAGAUUCCAAGAGAGCCAAAGCAGGGAGAGUUUGUCAAGAUCAUCCAGCGACUCUCGGACAACCCUAAUGCAAGAGUCAUCAUUCUCUUUGCCAAUGAGGAUGACAUUAGACGGCUUCUGCAAGCUGCAGAGAGAGAGAACAAGAUUGGACACUUCUUGUGGGUAGGAUCAGACAGCUGGGGGUCAAAGAUCUCCCCUGUGGAGCACCAGGAGAGAGUUGCAGAGGGCGCCAUCACCAUCCUCCCCAAACGCCAGCCCAUACGAGGUUUUGAUCGCUACUUCAUCAGCCGAACACUGGAGAACAACAGGAGAAAUAUCUGGUUUGCAGAGUUCUGGGAAAACAAUUUCAAUUGCAAACUCAGCCGACACCCCUUGAAGAAAGGCUCGGGAAUAAAAAAGUGCACAAAUGAGGAACGGAUCGGGAAGGAUUCCUUGUAUGAACAGGAGGGGAAGGUCCAGUUUGUGAUUGAUGCAGUGUACGCCAUGGCACACGCUCUUCACAACAUGCAUCUGGAUCUGUGCCCAGGGAAAGUGGGACUGUGCUCCAAAAUGGAACCCAUCAAUGGCACUCUACUACUGAAAUAUAUACGCAACAUCAACGUCACUGGUAUUGCUGGUAAUCCUGUGCUCUUCAAUGAAAAUGGAGAUGCUCCAGGCCGCUAUGAGAUCUACCAGUACCAAUGGAGGAACGGAUCGUCUGAAUACAAAAAGAUCGGCAACUGGACUGACCAGCUUAAUCUCGAAAUGGAGGAGAUGCAGUGGCCUGGUGGAGCUCAGCAGGUGCCCACCUCCAUCUGCAGCCAGCCGUGCAAGCCAGGCGAGCGGAAGAAGGUGGUCAAGGGCAUGCCCUGCUGUUGGCACUGCGAGCUCUGCGAUGGCUACCAGUACCAGUACGACCGGACCACCUGCAAGAUGUGCCGCUUCGACCUGCGGCCUAAUGCCAACCACACGGGCUGCCAGCCCAUCCCCAUCGUCAAGCUGGAGUGGAGCUCACCGUGGGCGGUCAUCCCCGUGCUGCUGGCCAUCGUGGGCAUCAUGGCCACGCUGUUCGUGGUGGUCACCUUUGUCCGCUACAACGACACACCCAUCGUCAAGGCGUCCGGGCGUGAGCUGAGCUACGUGCUGCUGACGGGCAUCUUUCUGUGCUACGCCACCACCUUCCUGAUGAUCGCCGCGCCCGACGCGGGCAUCUGCGCACUCCGCCGCAUCUUUCUGGGCUUGGGCAUGAGUAUCAGCUACGCGGCGAUGCUCACCAAGACCAACCGCAUCUACCGCAUCUUCGAGCAGGGCAAGGUGUCGGUCAGCGCACCACGUUUCAUCAGCCCGGCCUCGCAGCUGGUCAUCACCUUCAGCCUCACCUCUGUGCAGCUGCUAGGUGUCUGCAUCUGGUUCUCCAUGGACCCCUCGGAGGCGCUCAUCGACUACGAGGACCAGCGCACCGUCAACCCGCAGCUGGCGCGCGGCGUGCUCAAGUGCGACAUCUCGGACCUGUCGCUCAUCCUGCUGCUGGGCUACAGCAUGCUGCUGAUGGUCACCUGCACCGUCUACGCCAUCAAGACCCGCGGCGUGCCCGAGACCUUUAACGAGGCCAAGCCCAUCGGCUUCACCAUGUACACCACCUGCAUCAUCUGGCUGGCCUUCAUCCCCAUCUUCUUUGGUACCUCCCAGUCCACAGAAAAGAUGUACAUCCAGACCACCACGCUGACCAUCUCUGUGAGCCUGAGUGCCUCUGUGUCCUUGGGGCUCCUCUACAUGCCCAAGGUCUACGUGGUGCUCGUCCACCCGGAGCAGAACGUGCCCAAGCGCACGCGCAGCCUCAAGGCAGUGGUGACCGCCGCCACCAUGUCCAACAAGUUCAACCCCAAAGCCAGCCUGCGGCCCAAUGGCGAGGCACGGACCGAGCUCUGCCACAACCUGGAGACACAAGGUGAUUCCCUCUGAGUAGCAGCCCUCCCCUCUUAACUGAGCCGCAGGCAGAGAAAGCCUUUGGUUCCAAACAGACAUACAUAAGUUACAGCAACCAUGCGCUCUAGAGGAGCUUCCCCACCGCGUACCACAGAUUGACCUCACAGAGAGCAGCCCUUCAUUCUUAGGCUGUCCACAUGGUAAAGACGGAAAUAAAAAAUGGCAUAUGGACUUCUCUGGGAGAGAUGGCUCUCUAAAUGAUCUCACUAAAUGAGGAUAUGGCGCAGGAGCUCCAAACGUUGGUCCAGAAGAAGAACUUGGACCAGUCCAAGACUUGGAAUGUAUGCUUCUGUACGGCAGUGUAACAUCAGUGUGUGUGUGUGUGUGUGUGUGUGUGUGUGUUCGUGUGAGCAUGUGUGAGCACAGUGUUUGCACGACCAGACACAAAGAGAGGAUCUCGUCAGAUGGACAGAUUGAUUCUUCUGUGAAAACUACUUUUCAGCUGUGGGCUCUCUCCCACUAGUGUUUUGCUUUUGGUUCAAAACUCUUCAGUUUUGGGCAAUCUCGUGGUCUGUUGGUUGACUACACUCAGCAUCAAGCAUUAACUUUUGAUGCUUUAAGAUAUUGUGGUGGGUAAACUGUGUAGCACAAAUGCAGACUGUUGGAUUCAGGGUUUAUGUGCAUUAACCCCAAAGAGAAAGAGCAACACUGCAAAGAUGAAUCACAGUCACAUGAUGUUGACUGAGCAGAGUUUGAUUCAAAACAUCUGACUCCUUCCCUAAUGUUUGGAAAUAAUGUGAACGAUUGCAGCAAAACACAUUUUGUCAAUGUUUACAGAUGUUGAGCAUGUUGGUUUGAACAUCCCUGUGUUGUGUUGUAAAAAAAAAAAAAAAAUUCAGUGAAAUGCAUUCAAACUGUGUCGUUGCAGUACCACUAUUUGGUCCCUGGUCAAUUGUUGAUAAAAAUGAACCUGGUUAAGUGAUGGGUCUGAGUUUAUGUAUGCUUGAGUGACCCACUGUCAUAAGAAAUAAAAUAAAAUAAAACAUGAGAUGGCCUUUGGUUUUGCAGUGAUGGCUGCAAGACAUUCACUUCCGCUUGUAACAGAUUCGUAACAAUUAGCCAAACUAAUUAGACCAUAAAUAUGUUGUAGAGAAAUGGUUUACAGCACCCCCAUUCAAAUAUGUGUGGGUUCAUGUCCACAGUCAUACCUGUAUGUGUACUGUGGGCUAUAGCACAGUUGUGAGUCCCCAUACAAACAUACAAAACAAACUUAACAUAGUGGCAGAAGGCUUGUAACUAUUUUACUUUAAUUUAACUUUUUAAGACAAGUUCCUAAAUGAACAAAUAGAUGACAGGUCAGUGGCCAGAAUAGAAAGAACUUCGGGAUGAAAUGAGGUUUUACGUGUCAAAACACUGAACUAAUUCCUCCCUGAUAAUAGAAAUGUCCCCAAUGCAGAACACAGCUACCACCAGUAGACAGCACAGAAAUCAGCAAAGGCUUGUAUCCAUCCUAAUGUACCCUAACUAACAAACUCAAAUAAGCACAGGGAUAUGAAGCAAGGAAAGCACAAGGGUGGUAUAUGUAAGGCAAUUACAAAUGUUCUAAAAGUGUUACAAUAUACAGCCCACGUAAGGCACAAAGUCUUAGUAGCCAUGAUAACUGCCUUUGAUGCACAAACUAGGCUCCAGACUGACAAAUAACACAGAAAUAUUUAAUGACGCUGAAAGAGCUUUACACAAAGGAAACACUGUUGCUAAGGUGAGCACCAGCAAUUUUAUACUGAGUAAUGGCAAAAGCUUGCAUAUGGGAACUCUCUACUUUUGUCCACUCUCUACUUUUGACUCAGAAAGUCUCAUUCAGUGGAAAGGCUUACUGUACAGAGUAAAAAUAUCUGACCAAUGAUUUGGGAGGCUGCAGAUGGGAACACCAUGUGAGUGUGCAGAAUAUGAUUGAUUCAUGUGUAAUGUCUCUCAGCUAGUUGCUAAAUUAGGAAAGGCUGUAAUGAUUCAAAUGAAAUGGUCUUGUUUUUGGUUCACCUUUUCAGAGAAUAUUGGUUGUUUGUGAUGUAAAUUCAAUGACUUGCUGCUUAUGUUUUCCUCCUACAUUUGUUUUCAGCUGAAUAUUUGUGUUGCAAAGCAAAACAUGUUAGUGCUGACCAAAAUUAAAUGGCAAGUUAAUGUAUGUUACUAAAUGGAUUGGUAAUGUUUGCGUUUUGUCCUGACAGCUUAAAAACGAAAAAAAAAAAAAAAAUGAUACAAAAAAAUAAAGCAGUGCCUGGAUAUCUACUGUAUGAUGAACAAAAGUAUUUGUUAAAAAUAAAAAAAACAAAGUA